GGGGGGGUGAAGAGGUGGAGGAGGAGUAGGAGGAGGAGGCGGCGGCGAGAAGAUGGCGACUUCGAACAAUCCGCGGAAAUUUAGCGAGAAAAUCGCACUGCACAACCAGAAGCAGGCGGAGGAGACGGCGGCCUUCGAGGAGGUCAUGAAGGACCUGAGCCUGACGCGGGCCGCGCGGCUUCAACUGCAGAAGUCCCAGUACCUGCAGCUGGGCCCCAGCCGCGGCCAGUACUAUGGCGGGUCCCUGCCCAACGUGAACCAGAUUGGAAGUGGCAGCAUGGAUUUCUCCUUCCAGACACCGUUUCAGUCCUCAGGCCUGGACACAAGUCGGACUACACGACACCAUGGGCUUGUGGACAGAGUAUAUCGUGAGCGCGGCAGACUUGGCUCCCCGCACCGCCGGCCCCUCUCAGUUGACAAGCAUGGGCGACAGGCUGACAGCUGCCCCUAUGGCACCGUGUACCUCUCGCCUCCUGCAGACACCAGCUGGAGGAGGACCAACUCUGACUCCGCCCUGCACCAGAGCACAAUGGCCCCCACCCAGGUAGAGUCCUUCACAGGCGGGUCUCAGGACACACAGCAGAAAAGAGUCUUACUACUCACUGUCCCAGGCAUGGAGGAGACCCGGUCUGAGACGGACAAGACACUUUCUAAGCAGUCGUGGGACUCAAAGAAGACGGGUUCCAGGCCCAAGUCCUGCGAGGUUCCUGGGAUCAACAUCUUCCCAUCUGCAGAGCAGGACUGCACAGCAGCCCUGAUCCCCGCUACCCACAACACAGGGGGCUCCCUCCCUGACCUCACCAACACCCAUUUUCCCUCCCCACUCCCGACGCCGCUGGAUCCCGAGGAACCCCCGUUCCCUGCUCUUACCAGCUCUAGCAGCACCGGCAGCCUUGCACAUCUGGGCCUCAGCAGCACUGGUCAGGGUGUGAGCACCCCCAGCUCUUCUCCACAGCACCGGCCAGCAGUCAUCAGCCCGCUGUCCCUGAGCACAGAGGCCAGGCGGCAGCAGGCCCAGCAGGUGUCACCCACCCUGUCCCCGCUGUCACCCAUCACUCAGGCCGUGGCCAUGGACACCCUGUCCCUGGAACAACAGCUGCCCUAUGCCUUCUUCACCCAGGCUGGAUCUCAGCAGCCUCCCCCACAGCCCCAGCCUCCACCUCCUCCUCCGCCUGUGUCGCAGCAGCAGCCACCACCCCCACAGGUGUCCGUGGGCCUCCCCCAGGGUGGCCCACUGCUGCCCAGUGCCAGCCUGACAAGAGGGCCCCAGCUGCCACCGCUAUCAGUCACUGUCCCGUCCACUCUCCCCCAGUCUCCUGCAGAGAACCCCGGCCAGUCACCUAUGGGGAUCGACGCCACCUCGGCCCCGUCUCUGCAGUACCGCACGAGCGCAGGCUCACCCGCCAACCAGUCUCCCACCUCUCCAGUCUCCAAUCAAGGCUUCUCCCCUGGAAGUUCCCCACAACACACAUCCACCCUGGGCAGCGUGUUUGGGGACGCGUACUAUGAGCAGCAGAUGACAGCCAGGCAGGCCAAUGCUCUGUCCCGCCAGCUGGAGCAGUUCAACAUGCUGGAGAACGCCAUCAGCCCCAGCAGCCUGUACAGCCCGGGCUCCACACUCAACUACGCCCAGGCCGCCAUGAUGGGUCUGAGCGGGAGCCAUGGAGGCCUGCAGGACCCACAGCAGCUCAGCUACACGGGCCACGGCGGGAUCCCUGACAUCAUCCUCACGGUGACAGGAGAGUCCCCCCCCAGCCUCUCUAAGGACCUGAGCAGCACACUGGCAGGGGUCAGUGAUGUUGGCUUUGACUCAGACCAUCAGUUCCCACUGGAUGAACUGAAGAUCGACCCUCUGACCCUGGACGGACUUCAUAUGUUGAAUGACCCCGACAUGGUCCUAGCCGACCCGGCCACCGAGGACACCUUCCGAAUGGACCGCCUGUGAGUGGCCGUGCUUGCCACCCACCGCUGGUCAGUCCCCGACGGCGCCGCUCCAAACCUGGGGAUGGCGAUGUUCCAUCCUCCUUUGCCAACGGCCAAGCUUGUGGUUCUGAGCUUGCAAUGCUGCCCAGCACCCCCUGCCAGCCGCUACCCUGGUUGUUCACCUCCCUGAUGCCAGGCCAGCUAUCUGUCCAUCUAUCCGUCUAGCUGCAGCCAGGCUGAUCACAGGGACUGUGAGUGCCUGGCCCCCAUGGACUUUCCCCACGCUCUCUCCCUGGCCCCUCAUCGGGGAUGAUGGGGCCCUCAUCAGUGGUCCACUUCCAAGAUACCCAAAGUGUCACUCACUCCCAGAUGUGCUGCACAGGGGGCUGGGGCCUGAGCGUGGGAGUGCCCUAGAGGCUAAGGUGCACCGUCCAUUCAACUGUUCUCAGCUGUCACUGCCUCUCUUCAUCCCUACCCCUCCUCUGCCAUCACCCCCAGUCCUGGUCAGGUCACGCAUGCCCACCAUGCCCAGGGCGAAGACAGCAGAGCAAAGGGACAGACUCGGAGCAGAAUAAACACUAUUGGAUGGCGGCCUUUCAUAUUCCUGAGUGCUCUUGGAGCCUGACAGUCGACCUGUGGUCAAACGUGGUGUGGUCAGAGCCCACUGAAGCAGCCAGUGUCCCCUCCUCCACCCUCUUUCAAGCACCCUUUGCCUACUGCCAGACAAUGCCCAGCAUUGCCAUACAGGGCAGACGGAGGGUCAUAGGCCGCCUGCCCAUUUUCAUCCUUCCUUCCCAGUCCCAUGAUUGGUUCUUACUGCUGCUUAGGAACUGGGGCUCAGGCGACAGCAACCCUGUGGGUUUUGCUUUUCCUUGAGUUUGUAUUAACGUUUGUUGACCGACCCUCCAGCCUCUCUGGCAUGGAAGCAUGUGUUAUCCCCAGUCCCACCUUGACCUUUUUUUUUUUUUUUUCCAAGCCAGGCUGUCUGGCUGCACACCCAGAUGUCACUCACCUGCACUUAGUCUCAACUCCAAAGAGCUGGAUGGGCAAGGAGGGGACUGGAUGCAAGGUCCUGGUGACAAAACUGUAAGAACCACAGAACAGACUCCUAGGAACAGGCCUUGACUUUCAUUGGGGACCUCUGGAGAACGCAUUUCCUCUGAGCCUCCCCAAGGUGCCAGCCAGGCCUCAGUAGUUGGCUGGUCGCCACAUCUCUAUGCUAACAGUCUGUGUUGGGAGCUGUGGACCUGGCUUGUCUUUUGUGGGCCACUUUUAGCCUGGAAGCUCUGAUUCCCCAUGACCUUGAGUUACAACUUGACGCUGUCGUAUGCCUUUAUCCACCAGGGCCACGCCUUUUGCUUGUUUCUCGGUGAUUUCGCCCAUUGCCCAUGCUGGGGGUUUGGGGAGCACGGGAACUGUGUGUGUCUUUCCCCAAGCCACUCUGUGACUGCCUGCAUGAGAAAGCCGCUGCCCCUCCAUCACCGUGCCCCACCCCGUUCCCAUGGACUUGGGGACAUAGCAUUGGUUUGUCCUGUUCACCUGUCACCAUGGUACGUGCUAGGAGGGAAUAGCAGGGACAUCACCAUCAUCCUCCUUAGGAAGCAUGCAUGGUGUGUGCUUGUCUUUCACCCUGCCUGAGCUAUGUGAGACCCUGUCUUAAGACAGAAGGUGCACAUGCUUGGAGUCUGAUUCUCCCCAGGUGGAGAAGCCUGAACAAAUAGCCUUAGCAAGGUAGAGAGUCAGAGGCAGUUGUCAGGCAAGGCCCGACUUCCAGGAGCCAGUCACUGGCCUUUCAGGUUCUCAGUGAGCUGGGGCAGGAGGGACACCCCGCAGCCAGGAGUGUGCAUGUAGCUGCGUUAGCAUGACUUGGUUCAUUGCCAAGUUCCUUGAUGGGGUGAUGGGGCCCCAGCCAGGGGUUAGGUGCCUGCGUGUUCUGGAUGGGCUCACUUUUCCCCCACCCUGGGCCUAGAGGCUUGGUGGCAGUGGUACCCCUGAGGGUAGUCUUUGUUUUCUAGAUGUCAGUUAUCUUGCCUAGUAUUGCCAAGCCAUCCCGAGUCAGUGCUGUGGGGACCCCCAGCUGGUGACGUAACAUACUGACCCAUUGAACUUUGAUGGGAGCAGUUAUCCUGGAAUCCCCACAACAUGUACAUAGAUCUCUGCCCACAUCCAUGCUUUCUCAGGACAGGUUUGGACACCUGGCCUUUCCCUGCAGACCUCAGCUAUGUGCCAUCUUCAGCCAAGCCUCAGCUAUGAGGCGGUCUGACCCAUUUCUCCAUUUCAGAACAAAGUGGAGCACUAUGCUCAGAUGCCUCAAUUUACCUCGCCGUUUCAGCCCCUGGGGCAGUGGUUGUCCACCCACAGGCCCCCAGAUGGAGGAGGCAGCUGCACCCAGCCCGUUUCUGUCCCCUCCAGCGACGGGUCCUGUCCAUGUCCCUUCUCUGUGGCACCGUUCAAUGCCAGGGAGGGCUCUCAAGUUCAUUGCAUAUUUAGUCUGGCCUUCAGCUCUUUGAAAGACUCUUACAGGGGCCCUAGCGAGACCCACACACCACCCCCAGCAUGCCAAGAUGGCUGGCAGCUGUCACAGUGGGCCUGGUGCAGGACAAGAACAGGCAGAAGGUACGGAGGCAGCCGCCUGUGCCGGUGCUGACCACUCUGGUCAUGGGAUUGGUUCAUGGCAUCCUGGGUUUCUGUUUUUCCUUAGAAAGUUUCUGUGCCCAAUAGAGCCAUAGGUGGAGAGGGCUGGUGGGAUCAGGGUCCUGGUGGAACUGCGGCACAGGUGUGGGUCGGUCAGGUCAGAUUAUAUUUGUGCCCUAGGCCCUGCCUGUUGUCCCUCAAGAAGUGUCCAGGUGAGGGCAUCAUGUGUGUGGUCCGAACAGCUGGAGGGAGACACGGCCUUUUUCAGACCCCAAGGCCUGCCCCAAGUGUGGUGGUUCCUGGUCCUUUUCAUACCCUUUCUCCUUGUCCCCUGGGGUCCCUACUUCCUUCAGGAAUCUCCUGGUGGAUGACCUGGAGCCCCUGAUCACUGCUGUCUCAGGCAUGGCCCUCAGUGUGGCACAAAUGCUCACCACCCCAUUGGUCAUAGCUGUGUCUCCCCAUUGGGGCAGAAGGUGGAGGGACCUGUGCCCUCUCAAGCCUGGGUGCUGGGGUACUCCCAACGGCAAGGGGUCCCCUUCCAUUGCUUUUUCAAACUCGUUGGGCUCAGGGGCCCAACUCUCUGGGCAGGGUGGGGACAGCGGCACCUUCUGGACUCAGCCUUUCCCUGGGGCUGGAGAUCCGUCACAUGUAGUAGGGGCUCACCCCAUCUCUUGGGGCUCUAGAAUCCCAGGGUGACCAAGGUCCAACUGAUUACACGGGGGACAUGAGGCCAGCUUUGGUUCUCAGGCUAUCUCACCCCAUAGUAGGAAACAGAAUGCCAUGGGCUGGGCAGCCCCUCUGAUAUAUGCAAAUGGAUGGUCCCACCCCCCUCCCUGUGCCCACGCUGGCUCCGCCCCCAGCAUGCGCACUCUGCCGCUGUGGAUGUCUGUGAACUACACACAUGGACACUGCAGUUGGGGGUCAGGUUGCUCAGGGCACGCACGGCUGCCCACCCCACCUUCUGGCGCAGACGCUUCUUUGUAUUUUUGCGCCCUUUGUAAUGAAAUGUAAUAAAAACCCAAUGUUUUCGUCUGGGCCUCUCCCUC